UUGGUAACUCCGCUGUGGAGGAGCUGGAGAUGGGCAGACAUACUGUUCCUCAAACCAUGAUCAGUUAGUAAACUAUGCGACUUUAGCAGUCGAGCUCUUAAAGAUGGCGAGAGACUUUACAACAACAAGUUUAAGCAAUAUCGACCUCGCCUCCUUACGGGAUCCUGCAGGGAUAUUUGAGCUCAUUGAGGUGGUUGGCAAUGGGACUUACGGGCAAGUCUAUAAGGGUCGACAUGUGAAAACAGGACAGCUGGCUGCUAUUAAGGUCAUGGACGUGACAGAGGAGGAGGAAGAUGAAAUCAAACUGGAGAUAAACAUGUUGAAAACUCAUUCCCAUCACAGGAAUAUAGCCACAUAUUACGGUGCUUUUGUGAAGAAGAGUCCUGCCGGUCAGGACGACCAGCUGUGGCUGGUGAUGGAGUACUGUGGUGCCGGUUCAGUCACAGACCUGCUGAAGAAGACCAAAGGGAACUGUCUAAAAGAGGACUGGAUCGCUUACAUAUGCCGUGAAGUGCUCAGAGGCCUGUUACACCUGCACUCGCAUCAUGUGAUUCAUCGAGACAUUAAAGGACAAAAUGUGCUGCUGACAGAGAACGCUGAGAUUAAACUGGUGGAUUUUGGUGUCAGUGCUCAGUUAGACAGGACCAUUGGAAGAAGAAACACGUUCAUUGGGACGCCAUAUUGGAUGGCACCAGAAGUGAUUGCGUGUGAUGAAAACCCAGACGCUACAUACGACUACAGGAGUGACGUGUGGUCUCUGGGCAUCACAGCUUUGGAGAUGGCAGAGGGAGCACCGCCCUUGUGUGACAUGCAUCCAAUGAGAGCGCUCUUUCUUAUUCCACGAAACCCACCUCCCAAACUGAAGUCCAAGAAAUGGUCUAAAAAGUUUCUGACAUUUGUGGACAGUUGUCUUGUGAAGAACUACCAGCACAGACCGUCCACAGAAACCCUCUUACGUCACUCGUUUAUCAAAGACCUCCCCAAUGAACGGCAAGUCCGCAUAACACUCAAAGAUCACCUGGACAGAACCAGAAAGAGGAGACGAGAGAAAGAGGGAAUGGAAUAUGAAUACAGUGGAAGUGAAGAUGAAGAUGAUGGUAUGAAUGAGGAUGAAGGUGAACCCAGCUCUUUAGUGAACCUUCCCGGCGAGUCCACGCUGAGACGAGAGUUUCUUCGACUGCAGCAGGAGACACACUCACAAACACAACUGCUCCAACAACAGCUCCAACAUCAAGACAACUACAAGAGACAACUGCUCGCCGACCGACACAAGAGAAUUGAGCAACAGCAGGAGGAGAGGCGGCGCUUUGAAGAACAACAGACGAGACUGUUACAUGAGACUGGACUGCAGUGGCCAGAGCUUCAGGAGAUGAUAUGGCAAGAGUCUAAGGAUGGUGACCAUCACAGGACCGAUGCUGAAUCAGGGCCUGUAGCUGAGCAGCCCCAGCAGGGCAGGAAACCCCACCGAACGCUUCCUAGAGAUCAAACCCAGCUGCUGUUCCUCCAGCACAAGAGCCCUAGAGCCGCACCCAGCUGCCCCGCCACACCACAUGAUGCGAUGACGGCCAUGUUGGAUUCUCUGGACAACCAUCACGUGAAUCUGAAUCAGAUAGCCGUCAGGAUUCCUCAGUCCCGCUUGGGGUCAGGAAGCAACUCGAGUCCAUGUACUCCAGCGCUCCAGAGAGCCGCCAAACCCCCGAACAUGAACCUGUGCUCCAGCGGAGAGAUUCAUCACAGCAGCUCAAUGUCUGAUGUCUCCACCACGCCUCUCUCUCCAACAUUAGAUGAUGUCUUCUUCAACCCCGCUCAGCAGCCACCCAAGAUUCCUGAGCGAACGACCUCAAAGUACUGCAAAGAUGUCAUGAGCCAUCACAGAUUUGGAUCCACUGGAGGCUGUCCGUCUCCUCUGGACCACAGUGUGAACAUGUUUUACUCCAGCAGCAGUCAGUCAGGUCACCAGAGGACGAACAGCCCACCAGAACACAACAGAAACACUGUGACAUCACCUCAAAACCAGGGUUUUGGAAUGAAGUCACACUUGAGUCCGUUAGUGAAGUUAGCCGAGUACUCUUCCUCCAGUGAUGAUGAAGACGAGAAGAGCAGGUCUCCAUUGAGCAAUGGGAGGAGUUUGAUAUCCCGAGGACAGUGUAAUGAAAUAGUUCUUCAACCUCAUCCCAAUGUGAAACCGCAGCAGCAGAGUGCAGCAAUGCAAACACAUCACGUCCAUCAGAGAGCAGCCGGAUCACAUGACACCUGUGGUCUGCCAGACCUCCUGCACAAGAGCCGCGAACACCGCCAGAUAACAACGCAAAACUCGUUUGAUAAGUUAAUAAACACACAGGCAGGGAAAAGCACCUCAUCAUCUUCCUCUUCCUUCUCGCCGUUUAUUGACCCUCGACUGUUGCCGAUCUCACCCCCUCAGAGUCCACCGGGAUACAGUCAAUUGAACGGCAGGAGACAGACGCACAGGAAAGGUUCGGUGGUGAACGUCAAUCCCACAAACAUCAGACCUCAGAGUGAUGCACCAGAGAUCCGUAAAUACAAGAAGAAGUUCAAUGCUGAAGUCCUCUGUGCCAGUCUGUGGGGUGUGAAUCUGCUGGUGGGCACAGAGAACGGUCUGUGGCUGCUGGACCGCAGUGGUCAGGGCAAAGUUUACUCUCUCAUCAGCCGCAGACGCUUUCAGCAGAUGGAUGUGCUGGAGGGACUCAAUGUUCUCAUCACCAUCUCAGGUAAGAAAAACAAGCUGAGGCUGUACUACCUGUCCUGGUUGAGAAAUAAGAUCUUGCGGAAUGAUCCAGAAGUGGAGAGAAAACAGGGCUGGACAUCGGUGGGUGAACUGGAGGGCUGUGUCAGCUAUAAAGUGGUUCGCUAUGAAAAAAUCAAGUUCCUGGUUAUCGCUCUGAGGAACGCUGUGGAGGUCUUUGCAUGGGCUCCAAAACCAUAUCACAAGUUUAUGGCUUUUAAGUCUUUCACAUCACUGCCUCAGAAGCCUCUCUCAGUUGACCUGACGGUGGAGAAUGGACAGAGGUUAAAGGUCAUCUAUGGCUCUCACUUUGGUUUUCAUGCCAUUGAUGUGGACUCAGGCACACCCUUCGAUCUCUACCUGCCCAGUCAUAUCCAGGGCGUGAUUCGGCCUCACGCCGUCAUCAUCCUCCCCAGCAGCCGUGGGAUGGAGCUGUUGCUGUGUUACGAGGACGAGGGCGUCUAUAUUGACACCUAUGGCCGCAUCACCAAGGAGACGGUGCUGCAGUGGGGGGAGAUGCCCGCCUCUGUCGCUUACCUUCAGUCAAAUCAAGUGAUGGGUUGGGGAGAGAAAGCCAUUGAGCUCAGAUCUGCCAAGACUGGGAAUCUGGAGGGAGUGUUCAUGCAUAAAAAAGCUCAGAAGCUCAAGUUCCUGUGUGAGAGAAAUGAUAAAGUUUUCUUUGCUUCUGUUCAGUCUGGUGGAUGUAGUCAAAUCUACUUCAUGACAUUAGGACACAACUCGCUCUUCAACUGGUGAUCUGCUGGAGUUUUACUGGGUAAACCACUUUACUCCUUCCACUUUGUCUAUAUCCCAUAAUGAAGAUCACUUUCCGUAUACAUGUGUCAACACUUUUAUAUAAGUGAUGCAUACAGUAUAUAUCAUAUAUAUUUUAUGAUGUGAAAGCAAGUGAUAUUAGUGCAAAUAUAAAGUGUUCAUACAGUAUCAUCAUUCAUUGCGUUCUGACAGUGUCAGCAUUAUUUGCUUUGCCUUACUUCAAAACAUUCAUCCAUUUUCAGACUUUUUUAUUCUUAUUAUUUUGGGACAUAUCUUGCAAAAUGGACCGAUAUUUUAUCCCAAUACUUUAUUUUCGUUUUUGCAUAAUAACAACCAUGGCUGGUACACGGUUUGAUGUGAAACCAAUACUAACAACACAUAGAUUUAUAACUCUCUUACCAAUUCAACUGUUGCUCAAUCAGUUAUUGUAGCAUUUUGGGGCUUUUUUACGCUUCAGCAUUAAAAUCAUACACAAGACUUUAAACAUUAAGCUUUAACACAUUUAAAGGUAUUCUAAACAUCUUUUUUUGUAUUGUUUAUUAUACUGCUCUCCUCAUAUUAAAAAAACAUGAACGGACAGGAGACAUAAUGAUGAUCAAUGUUUUAUAAAAAAAGACAUUUUGUUUUGAACACGGUUUGCAUGUGGAUCAGAUAUUAGAUACUUACUGUGACGGGUCUGAACAUUGUUUUGUUUAAUGUUAUAAAAAAAUGAAACUUUCUUCAAACAAAUUGAAACGUUCAUGUCAUCAGUAAUCAUAUUUGCCACAUUUAAAAGUAAAUAUAUUUUGCAAUGAAAUGUAAAAAAGUGUAAAUAGAUAUGAAUAAAUAAUCUAAUCAGACAUAAA